AUUCUUUUGAAUAGUAAACAUGGCUACUGCUGAAACACUCAACAUAAAAAGUCUACCUCGGAGAGACAAUGAAAAAAGGAGGAAAAAGAGAGAAGUCUAUACACUGGAGAAAGUGGAAAAACAUCCUUUGCAAAGAAGGUGGGCCCUGUGGUUCUUCAAAAAUGUCAAGAGCCAGCCGUGGCAAUGUAACCUGCGCCUUGUCACUACAUUCGGUACUGUAGAAGAUUUCUGGGCACUAUAUACACAUAUCCAGCUUGCAAGUAACCUGUCCUCUGGCUGUGACUACUCUAUUUUUAAGGAUGGGAUUGAGCCUAUGUGGGAAGAUAGCCGGAACAAGCGAGGUGGCAGGUGGUUGAUUACUCUAUCUAAGCAACAGAGACACAGUGAUCUAGAUACACUCUGGCUUGAGACUUUGCUGUGUCUAAUUGGAGAAGCAUUUGAUGAACAUAGUGAUGAAGUAUGUGGUGCAGUAAUUAACAUUCGGGCAAAAGGAGAUAAAAUUGCAGUCUGGACCAGAGAAACCGAGAACAGAGAAGCUGUCACACAUAUUGGUAGAGUAUAUAAGGAGAGAUUGGGUUUAUCUUCAAAGGUGGUCAUUGGUUAUCAAGCUCAUGCAGACACUGCUACAAAAAGCAGCUCCCUUGCCAAGAACAAACUAGUGGUGUGAAAUCAGAGGAACACUCUCUCAAAUUUGC